GUUACAUAAUCCUUGAAGCUGCCCCUGAUCUUUUCAGCCACCACCGUCUCAGACUGCUUUUGCUCUCCCAGUCUUGACCAUUUCCUACAUUCUGAACUGAGUGUCUGCUGCACAGCCCUCCUAAGGGUUACCCUACACCACACUUGCUCCCACUGUCAUUUGGUUCCUGUGUUGACCAUGAUUGGAUGGAGCUGCCUGGUGACAGGAGCAGGAGGGUUCGUGGGCCAGAGGAUCAUCAGGAUGUUGGUGCAGGAGAAAGAACUGCAGGAGAUCAGAGCACUGGACAAAGUAUUCAGACCAGAGACCAAGGAGGAAUUCUCCAAGCUGCAGACAAAGGUCAAGGUGACAGUGUUGGAAGGAGACAUCCUGGAUGCCCAAUGCCUGAGGAGAGCCUGCCAGGGCAUCUCUGUUGUCAUCCACACUGCUGCCAUCAUAGAUGUCGCAGGUCUUGUGCCCAAGCAGACCAUCCUAGAUGUCAAUCUGAAAGGUACCCAGAACCUACUGGAGGCCUGUGUUCAAGCCAGUGUGCCAGCCUUCAUCUUCUGCAGCUCAGUUGAUGUUGCAGGGCCCAACUCGUACAAGAAGAUUGUCCUGAAUGGCCAUGAGGAACAGAAUCAUGAAAGCAUAUGGUCUGAUCCAUACCCAUACAGCAAAAAGAUGGCCGAGAAGGUGGUGCUGGCAGCCAAUGGGAGCAUGCUGAAGAAUGGUGGCAUUUUGCAUACUUGUGCCUUAAGGCCCAUGUACAUUUAUGGGGAGAGAAGUCCAUUCCUUUCUAGCAUAAUAAUUAUGGCCCUGAAAAAUAAGGGUAUUCUGAGUGUUACUGGCAAAUUCUCCAUAGCCAACCCAGUGUAUGUGGAAAAUGUGGCCUGGGCUCACAUUCUGGCAGUCAGGGGCCUUCAAGACCCCAAGAAGUCCACAAACAUCCAAGGACAGUUCUAUUACAUCUCUGACAACACCCCUCACCAAAGCUAUGAUGAUUUAAAUUACACCCUGAGCAAGGAAUGGGGGCUCCGCCCUAAUGCCAGCUGGAGCCUUCCUCUGCCCCUGCUCUACUGGCUUGCCUUCCUGCUGGAAACUGUGAGCUUCCUGCUACGUCCAGUCUAUAGGUAUAGACCUCUCUUUAACCGCCACUUGGUCACUCUGUCAAAUAGCACGUUCACUUUCUCCUACAAGAAAGCUCAGCGAGAUCUGGGCUAUGAGCCACUUGUCAGCUGGGAGGAAGCCAAGCAGAAAACCUCAGAAUGGGUUGGGAAACUAGUGGAGCAACACAGGGAGACACUGGACACAAAGUGUCAGUGAUGGAAAAGGGGCAGGUACACGGCUCUGGAUGUUAUCAGGUCCUGUAGCAAGUACAGAGGCACAAGCCAGGUCCUGCUGACUUCUUUUAACACAGAGCACAACUUGGUAUGUUUCUCAAGUUACCAGAAGCCUUGCUAGUCACUGAUCCAUUCAUAAGCUUUCUUCCUAAGUCCCUGCCUGGAGACACACAAGUAUCUGAGUCUCAGUUGCUAGGACCAAAGGCUUCAGCAAUUACAAUUUACUGUCACUUAGAACUUAGCAUUGCUUUUAUUUCCCCCUUCAAGUCCUAAGUCAUAUUCUGCCUUUGGUAAAAUCCCAUUGCUUUUUGAAGCAAGACUGAGACAGCAAUAAAUAUUGUAAUGCCUUA